AUGAUGUCGGCUGGAGUGAACCGUCCUACUGACACGAAACAGAAGGAGCAGGACAUCAACCAAAAGCUGCAGCUGUAUGGAAUUUACCAAGCUUUCAAAUGCGGCAAGCUUCCAUCGAACAAGCAAUGCGAUAUUGCCCUGAAUAGUGCCCUGGCUUCGAAGGCGCUCUCGUCGCCAUCCAAAGAACUAUCCAGCGAAGGCCAAGUCCUCGUGACAGAUCUUCGACAUGCCAUUGAACAGGCCAAAAAGCUGAUCCUGAGCAAGAACGAGGGACAGCUGCUUCAGGAGUUUAUCUGGGAGGCCGAGCACAUCACCGCGGAUGAUAUCAGAGAAAGGCCGGAUGUGCCCUUAUCAAAGGAUUUAGCAGAGCAGGAUGGGAGGCAGGCAUUGGAGGGCCUGAAGGCUCUCGGAAAUCUCUUGAUCACCAAUGGCGAAUUCAGGAAGCUACUAAACGAUGCUUGGAUCCUUGCCCGCGACAUUGCUGGUGAUGCCUCGCAGAAGGCUGCUAAUCAGUUACGGCCCUCGGAAGAACAGCUUGCUCAGAUUGAUGAACCCGCCGAAGAGAAUGUCUGGCAUGAGAAGCCGGACUUUGCGAAACACAAGGAGAACCUCACCUCCCGUUUCAAGACAGCUAAGUCUGAAGCUCAGAAGCAGUAUAACGAAAUUGGCGAGACAGCAGUUCAAGCGGCUACAGGGGAUCAGGACCCUGAGACUGCAGGAGACAUCGAUAUCCGUGCUGGUGCUACCGCAGGCGCCGAGGAAGUCAAUCAACGACUCUCGGGCAACGUCUCCGAAGACACCAAGUCUCGUGCUCGCGAGUAUACCGACCGGACCAAGAACUACUUGGCGCAGAAGGUGCCUCCGGAACGCCGCGAACAGGCGAUCUGGCGGCUGAAAAAGAUGGUUCUUGAGAUCCAGGGUCAUGCCAAUUACCAGCAGGCUAUCCAGACCUUACUCAACCUUGUGGAGAAAUAUGGCAGCACUACUCGGCAUAUCUCAGAGCAAGGUGCUGGGGCUGUUAAGGGCAUCCGAGGCGGUAGUAAGGUCCAGGCUAUGGAAACCAACCUCAGAGUCUUGAUUGAGCGGUUCGCCAACAGUACUUCGUUGGACGACUUCUUUGAUUCUCUGGAGACUAUUUACCAAGACGCGGACAAAGAUCCAGAGCUUAAGGGGUGGUUUAAAAACAUCAAUACAUUUAUCCGGAAAUGUCUCCAGGAGCAAGGGUAUAUUAUGCAGGAGGGCUGCGACAGGCAAUGGAACCAGCUGGCAGAACAUGGCCAAUAUCUGCUUCGUGAGCGAUACAAGGACCACACCAACCGGGUCCUCGACGAGGUCAAGUUCAUUGGCGCCGAGUUCUCCAAAGAUCCCCAGAACAAGGCGUUUGCUGACUCCAUGGACAAACUGUUCCACGAUUUGGGUCGCGACUCAGUUGGCAAUGUGGCCUUCAAGAAGCACCUGCUGAAGGAUGUCCGGGAUGUCAUUCUCCCCGCGACAUUUGAGAAAAUUCGCUAUGUGCCAAUUCCUCGUAUUGAAGUGUCCGACCCGAUGGCCGACGUUGUUAUCGAGAACCUGGUGAUCGAGAGCGAUAAUCUGAUGCCGAACGUCGUGGAGUUCGGCAGUGACAACUACUUCCGCUGGGGUCGCAAGAAGAUCAGCAAUAAGCAUGACAAUAAGAUCAUGAUCUCGGUGUCCGGAAUCCAGGCUGACUUGCGAGACGUCAGUUACUAUGUUAAGAAGAAGCAGGGAUUCCCUUCGAUCACCGACACCGGCGUCAUGGACAUUUUCCUGGGCGGCGACGGCUUCGGCUUCAAAAUCGCAGCAUCCACGGCGCACAAAGCCGAUCGGCAGAACUUCAUCAAGCUGGACAAAGUGGUCGUCAAGAUCUCUGACCUCGACAUCAAACUGAAGAAAUCAAAGCAUAAGAUACUCUUCUCAAUCUUCAAGCCCCUGCUCUUCCGCACCGUCCGUCCGGUCCUGCAGAAGGUCCUCCAGCAACAGAUCCGUGACGCCUUCGCUAGAGGCGACAACUUCGCCUACGAGAUCUACACUGAAGUCCAGCGUGGUAAGGAAGCCACUCUUGAGGAUCCCAAGGACGCUCCUAACGUUUACGCCCGCUACAUCAAUGCCUUGCGUGCCCGCAUGGAUGAGAAGAAGCGUCAGCAGGUCGCCCAGGAGACCGCUGAGCGUGACACCAAGGUCCAGACCGCGACCACCCUGCAUGACUCCCUGUUCCCUGAUAUUCACCUUCCCGGCGGCAUUUCUUCCAAGGCCACAGAGUACAAGGAACUCUCCCAGAAGGGCGAGCGCUGGGAAUCUCCCAUCUUCACCAUCGGCUCUGCUUCUGAAUCCAGCGAUAUCCCCAACCUGGCAGAAAUCAGGCGCAAACCUCACUCCAGGAGCAAAGGUCGUCUGGCGGACGGCGGUCUCACCAAUGGAACCAUGCACGCCGUCGAUGGCACCGCCAAAUAUAAUGGCUCGCAUGGCUUCUCCGAUGAGAUGGACCAAGCGUUCAGCAACGGCGCCACUUCGAAGACCGGGCCUACUAUCCCAGGUGCAGACUCUGCAUUUAACCCCCAGGCCGCGUGA